AUGGUUUGUUUCAGUGAAGUAACUGCUGCCAGUAAUGCAGUCCGACAGAUGCAAAACUUCCCAUUUUAUGUAAAACCUAUGAGAAUUCAAUAUACAAAAACAAAGUCAGACUGUGUUUCUAAAGAAGAGGGAAGCUUUGUUCCAAGGGAAAAGAAAAAGAAACAAGAGGAAAAGGCUGAGAAAAAGUGGUAUGCUGAUGAAUCAAAACAAUCUGCCGUGCCUAAUGGAACACAUGGUGCAAGUAAUGGUGGCUCAACACAGGCCUCAUUCUGUCCAGGGUCGGGUGCCCAAGAGGCAGCUGCUCCCAACAAUAUUUUGUUCAUAGAGAAUUUGCCUUAUGAAACUACUGGCAGGAUGCUCGAAAUGCUCUUUGAACAAUACCCAGGUUUUAAGGAAGUGCGCUUGAUCGAAGCAAAGCCAGGUAUCGCGUUUGUAGAUUUCGAAGAUGAGGGGCAAUCAUCCAUGGCAAUGCAGGCUCUUCAAGGAUUCAAAAUCACCCCACAAAAUCCCAUGAUUAUAAACUUUGCUAAAAAGUAACUAAUCGAUUUUCUGCAGUCAAUAUUUGAAGCAAAUUUUGCGUAUUGUA